GCUUCAAAUGCCGACCGGAUGUGGCAAGCAGACGAUGCUCGGCUUCGCGCCAGACGUCUUUGUAACUAACUACCUGACGGCAACCAACCAACUGACGAGAGAUAUCGAGGACAAGGCAAUCAGCUUUAUGGAGAAGGUCAUGCCACCAGGCCAAGAAGCAAAUCUUCAUCGACGACGAGACACUGACUCGAGACCUCGACUGGAUGAUCAACCGACAGAAAGCCGACGGCUCGUUCCCAGAGCCUGGUAAUGUGAUCCAUAAGGAUAUGCAGGGUGGAGCUGCAUCCGGCAUAGGUCCCACUGCUUUUGUUUUGGCAUCCCUUCUUGAAAACAAUGAUCUUCAUGGAAGCAUUCACCAGAGGAUCACACAAUCUGUGGCACUGGCAACAGAUUAUCUGGAGUCCCAAAUUGCAACGACGAAUGAUGAGUACGUGCUUUCCCUUUUUAACUACGCCCUUACACUUGCCAACAGUCCAUCUGUACGUGACAUCAAGACCAAACUUAAGAAUGAUGCAAUCGUUAGCGGAGGCACCAUCCACUGGCACAAGGACCAGGAAGCCUCCAUUCAGAGCCACUGGCAGCCCGCCCACUCACAGGCAAAUCCUAUCGACAUUGAGAUGACGGCAUACAACCUGCUGGUGACGGCGGAGGCCGGCGAUAUGAGCAUGGGUCUUCCGAUUUUGAAGUGGAUCACGGCCCAAAGGAACUCUAAUGGAGGCUUCAGUUCAACACAGGAUACCGUUGUUGCCCUUCAAGCCUUGUCCAGAUUUGCUGCUUUGAUCUUCUCAGACACGUUUAACAUCCAAGCCACAGUAACAGCUGGAACCUUCACGCAUACAUUCAACAUCAACAAGCAAAAUGCUCUUGUCAUGCAGUCCGUUGUAUUGCCAUCGAUUCCAAGCCAAGUUUCUGUUAGCGCAACUGGUCACGGAAUGGCUCUGUUAGAUAUGGUUGAAGGCCAGUACUAGUGGAAUGGCCAUCCAGGAGUUUGGAAUUCCGUCUGGGUUCAAAGCGGAUCUUGAAAGCAUUGAAAAAGUAGUGGAGAUAAAACGUAUGGAGUCUAAGGACAGAAAACUCGUUUUGUACUUCAAUCAGAUUACUUCUACGCCCCUGUGCCUGACGCUGGAUAUUAUCCGAACUGGAAUGGUGGCCAAGUCGCAACCAGCUGCGAUCCGUGUAUAUGACUACUAUCAGCCGAGUAACCAAGUAACGUCAUUCUACCAGUCGAAAAGUCUACAGAAUGCACAUGUAUGUAACAUCUGUGCCGAGUGUGGCUGUCAGGU